GGAAAUGGGAAGUAAUGAUCAUGGUGUUGAUUUGUGAAGAUUGGUUUCUGGUUGGGGUAUAAGGUUAGUUGUGUUCUUCAUUGAGAGGAACUUUUUGUUGCGAAAAUGCGUAUUGUAUUUCGUGUAUGGAUUGAGGAAUUCAGUGCAGAAUUGCAUUUGGUUGAGUUUGGUUUUGAUUGUUUGGCUGUGUAUUUUUGAUAAGAAAGUUGAUAAAAUGACUGGUGCGAAGGUUUUGCCUUAUGUGUCAAGUAUUUGGAUUUGUCUUUUGGUUGGUGCAUACAUUUGGUUGUUGAAAACACGUGUUGUGAAAGUGCUAGCUAUGUCAUUUCAUGUUAGUACGUUUUUCGAUCGAAUUCAAGAAUCUUUGUUCAAUCAGUAUGUGAUUGAGAUGUUGUCUGGGCCACCAUUGGUUGGGAUUGAUCAGCGAGAGCACGAGGAGGAAGAGAAAGUUAUGUCUGAAGUACUUGCUGAUUUAAAGGCAAGAACACCACGCAAGACUCCUACGGCUUCUACUCCAAGGAGUUCUGCAUUUUCGAGGGUUAUUUCCGAGAAGGAGAAAGAAAAGGAGGGAUGAAUCACUAUCGAUCAUCUGCAUAGACUGAAUCAGAAGAACAUUUCUGCUUGGAAUAUGAAAAGGUUGAUGAAUAUGGUUUGAAAAGGUGUGCUAUCUACUUUGGAUGAGAAGUUACCGCAGCCAAAUUAUGAGGAUGAAUCUGCUGUGCAGAUCACUAGUGAAAAAAAGGCUAAAGCUGCAGCUAAGAAGAUAUUUAACAAUGUAGCUAAGCCUGGCUCCAAGUAAGUCAUUUUGUUAAAUGGACAAGUUUAGUUUCUCUUCCAACUGUUGAUGUUAACAACAAUUAGUCGUUGCCUUUAAAUUCUUAUGUUUAAAUGCUGAAGUUGAAUUCUUUAUAUAGCUAUGCUCACACAAUUAGCUGCCGCUUUUCGUGUUAGUAAAAUAGAGCAGGAUAAUGCUAAGUGCUCGUUUAGCAGAAAUGUUGAAAGUUGCUUUAAGAAUGCAGCUGUUUUUUUUCUUUUUUUCUC